GGAGCAUCGAAAACUUCAAGUUCUUCAUCUGACUCUGACGCAGACUCCACAGCCUCUCCAUCCAAUUCCCAAACUUCUCUCCUCCUCACCUCCUCCGCUUCCGCUCGUUCUCGUCGUCUGGAAUUUCUAGCUGACAUGAAACGGAAUGACGGAAUCACCGCUGUGCGGUCACCCUACGAUGCAGAUCCGCAGCUGAGGUGGUUGCGGGAUUUGUACUACAAAUCCGGGAUGCGUCGGUUCUUCUGGAACGUGGAUUUUCCAAACUAUUUCAGAGCCUGGGAUUGGAAUGGUGCAUGGGAAAAGGAGUGCCGUGGAGCGGUGUUUGCUGGUAGUGGAGGUGCACAGCCUGUUGGAGGAGGGGUCGGCGGUUAUGGAAAUAGUGGAAGCAGCAAAAAUCUAGUCCCACCACGUCCUCCAGCUUUGACAAGAGAAGAAAAAAGACUGAUAGAAACCUUUCGGCGUGACGGCUUUCUCAAAAUCUCGCAUUGGCCAGAGUUACCAGCGAGAGAGCCUAAAUGGAGCCACUUAGCAUCUGGCCGGAUAAGAUUUCGGCCUUGGAAAAGGAGAACAGGCAGUAAGAAGGGAAGUGGUAGAGGUCGUAGAGCUUCUAGAAGCAUUAGUUCUGUUGAGGAUGAAGAAGAAGACGAGGACUACUCCAUCUGGGGCUCGCCUCGUUUCGACCGCUCUUACCUGAAUCCCUUGCUACAGCCCAAUUCUCUCUUGAGAAAACUAGUACAUGGGUAUCUUGGAACCAGCGACGUCGUCUACACUGGUGCAGACCAUUAUAGGCUUCACGAGCGAAACGCGCCAAAGAUGGAGAACAAGAGGUGGCACCACGACGGAUGUGGGACUAGGUUGAAGGCGUGGGUGUAUCUGAAAGACGUGCCAGGAAGCAGACGAGGUGGAAUGCCAACGAAGAUUUUGAGAGUUAUGGCUUUGAUGCUAUUGCUAAUGCACCGCCCACUUUUUAGAUGAAACGUUCAAUUCUUGCAAGAAACAGAAACUUCUGCUCUUCUAAUCCCCGAACGCAGCGAAUGAACUACUUCGAGCCAUCGCACUUCUUUGAGGGUCCUGCUAUUGGGAUGAACAAGCUCCGAAACCGCACAGUUGUUAGCGAGUUCGGACUUGUAGAGGAGUCAAGGAAAAUGGAGAAUGGGCAAGAGGAGGCAGAAACUGAAAGGGAAGAAGAACGGAAACGAGCAGCUCUAGAACUGAAGCGAGAUGAGCUGGAUGAGAUAACCAUGCCCACUACCCCGAACAGUGAAGACGAGCCGAAAGACUCCAUACCUUCAACAUCUUCUAGUACUAUAACAGGAGUAGCAAGAGCUACAACUAGUAGUAGUACACAGCAACAGCCGCGAAAUGACAUCGGGACGAAGAAAACUGCGACGUCUUCUAUUGAUGACGCGCUGCUCCACCUCCCUAUCGGAGACAUCACAGUCGAAGAGCAACCGCCCCUUGAAGAGUCUGCGUCCCUACCUCGCUAUGGGCCGGCUGUGGAGAUGAGUGGGCUACAGUUUGGUGGGUUCAUCUUCGAUACGAACGCGGUCCAUGGUGCUGAGGUAAGGUGGCCGUUCGUAAAUAAGACAACCCGGGAAGUCAUGGUUCUCGAAUUCUCUGCGAUGGAACACGCCGUGAGGCUGCCUAGACCAAGGAAGUUUGUUAUGCUCAUGGCAGUAGACAUAAUUUUUACGCGUAUUAAACCUCUUGCAAGCACACGGCCCCGGCCGGUUGGCUCCCCGGUCUCCGCGCCUUUGAGUAGCAGGCGCACAGUGCCGGGCGUCCUCUAUCCCUGAGGCCGCUUGCUUACAACGAAGAGAGCCAGCUGCGCCUGCCCUGAAGGGGGCAGAUGAGGCGCCCGCACGGUAGCCAAAUCCGUCGGCCGCGGCGUGUGUGGCGUUGCGUUCGCUGUUCAUGACUGACGAACAACCGGCGUGGCCCAGGUAGGCGAACCGAAACAAACGGAGGAGCAACUACCCCACGGCGGGCCGCCCUACUUUGGUGGCGAGAUCGAUGGGGCGGUCGGGGGUCUUGGGGAGCAAAUGGAAGGGGGCCGAUGCAGGUGCUCGAUGGCCGGGCCAAUGUGCCAAGUCGCCUUGGACCGGCGCCAGGUUAUGGGCUGGCUUGGCAUUUUUGUGCUUGAGGUUCGUAGCUUGUUGGAAGAGGACGCCACGAAGAAAGGCGGGCGCGCUGGCCAAAAGGCCGCCCGGUGGAGGCGCUGGCGCUGAGGGGGCUGCAGAUGGGCCAUGGCGUAGCCUCUGCGAAGUUCGCGCCGUGCUUUUCGCUUUUGAAGCCCAAAAACCUCCGAGGGGCUAGCUUAGCCCCCUUCGCGUAGACGAGCCAAGAAUGAACGCGCAGAACUUCCAGCAGCGUCGUGCCCCUGGGAUGGCUUAUGAGCUGCAGGCGACCGCCCCUGCGCCUGAUUCCAGCGGUGACAGCAUGGGGGGGAGUCGAAGACGGGGAGCGCUCCCUUGUGGAGGUUGAUGGCCUUGGGUUGCUCAGGCCUUCCAUCUGUGCUGAUCGCCGAGUUGAGUGAGCUGGCUCCUCUUUUUGUCCAGAAAUAAUAUCGCUGGACUUCUUUAAACACAGCGGGGCCCGGGCUGCGAUCGAACGCCGCAAGCCUCUUUCGAUGGUGCAAGUGUCUGCAUAGCUCUAAACGUUGGUGACAAAGUGGCGCUGGGGUGAGUUUGUUACUGUGUUCGCAGGCCGUGUGUUCCCAGCGGGGUGCGGUGGGUGCGUGUCUCGACUCAGUCUCGCAGAGUGUGAAGCACCUAGAUAGGGGCCGCCGUUUGCUGCGGCGAGCAAGCUGGCUGUGUCCACCCUCAACAGUGGAGGCAUUCAAAGCGCGACGUCAAGAGGAGCAGGCAAGGGCGAGGCGUGGCAUUUUAGUGUCAGUGUCUGUCUCGCUUCUGAAGAGGAUCGUGAGUAGUGGGGUGAUGCGCUGGCGAGCGGAACUGACGGGGGUACUUGAAGGACAGAACAGCACUCCCCAAAGGGCACCACGAUGGCGGAGAUUCUUUCAACUGAGGACCACGAUGACAGCAAUCGGAAGGACAUUGAAGCAAGUGGUUGAUCCAGUCGCACCUGCUUCCAUCAAUCAUGGAAGCCCUCUGAUUGGCGGAGACACCUAAGGAGCCUGGCUGCAGGAUAGGGCGCCUGAGAAGCGAGUUUUAUGAAAACAAUCAAAAGCAACCUGGGCGGCGCGGGGGGUGAAGUGCCUCGCUGGUGGGCUCCAUGUUUGGAAUUGUGACAAAGAAGCUGAUCGGGCUGCAUCGGUGGAGGAGGUGAAGAGGGCAGGCAGGGCCUUCAUUUCAAGGAGCGCGCCGGUGGCGCUGAAAUAGUCGGCCAGCCAUAUGGCUAAGAGCUUGCGGCGCAUGGCGCCGGCUUCACCUGAGCGAGGGAAAGCGAGUGGCGCGGCCAUUCGGGGGCAUUUCUGUGGUGGGAACUUGUUACAAGUUGCCCACGCGGACAGCUCGGCGCAUGGCUCAGCUGGCGAAGCUUGUGCGCAUGGAUGGGCUUCCUUCGGUCGCGCGAGUUUGACGUGGUGGCGCGUUUGUUCUUUGCUGCUCGCGGGUUCGCUCACUGGGCUUGAGGGAGCAAGAAGCCCACGCGCUGGUGGCUCUUUUCGGGUUCUCUCUUUGUUUCGUAUUCUUUCUUCAAAGCUGGCGCACUGAAAGAAUGAAACGGGGGGCGUGCUCUUAGGUUCUUGCUUGGCUUGUGCUGUCGUUUGCUUUGCCUUUUCGUUAUCAUUUCACCCACUCCACCAAUUUUUCUCACUUUGUUCAAUAAACAUACUAGCAGGGGGGCAUGGUGAUUGAUAGAUAAACAUGCUUACUCUUCUUUUCGCUCUCUUUCUGCCUCCGACCCUUUGAUGCGCCGCAGCAUGCAAGCUAUCGUCGUAAGCAGUGUGCUAGAAGUUACUCAGUCCCAUUCUAGAUAGGUUGCUGGGAUAAUUACAGCGGCGGCAGGGACGGCUUGAGUGUUGGGACGCGCAUGACGCUGAAUACCCCCGGCCACACGCGCCAGCGCCAGUCUUGGAAAAGAAAGAGCGCGAUCUACCUAGACCCGCCCAGCUAGGUUAGUAGAGCUAUACUUACAUACACGGCCACUUCCGCAACAAGACAAGGAACACGCGCACCCUCUCUGCUAGCGCGUAGCGCCCGUCUGAUGACUUCACUUUCCACUUUACUCCUUCUAAUUCCGAAUGGGCUUGGGAGGCUGGCGCGAUUCCGGAAGGCCAUUGCACUCCCGCGGACCCAACACAGUGGGUAAGAUGGGACUACUGCCAUCAACCGAGUGAUCCAAGUAAGUGGGUGAACCUGUGGGACACGGGCGCAGCGAGAGGUCCGCACAACCGUCAAUUUUGGGCCUUUCCUUACGCUGAUGAUGGCUCUUUUGUGAAGUUUGGAGCAUGAUGUUGAUGACAGGAGCAACCCACCCGACAAGGAACUUUACGACUUGUGCGUAUGGAAUUUGAACUGCUAUGGGAAUUUCAAAUGACAGAAAAUAACCUCAAGGAGCUACAGCGGGGCUAAACAAAAUAUUGCUAUGUUGAAAACCAAAACCAAUUACAAGGCCAAGAACCGUUAACACUAUAAUGACUACUCAUGAUAAACUUCUUAUACUUAGCGACGCCUGGGCGUGGGCCUAUAGAAGGCAAGAAUGGCAAUCAUGGCUCAUACAUUCAAGGAUGUGGAAUGUUGUACGCACACAUGAUGUCAUUUUGAAAGUUUCUCGUAUCGCGAACGCUGUUGCGGGGGUUGCAGCUAC